UUUAGAGUGUUGGGAUUUUUUUUCGUGUUAAUGUUUUUUUUUCAAAUUUAAAAUGACAUAGGGGUUUUUGAAAUGAUUUAGAAGAGUGACAAAUUUUAAAUGAUGAUGGUGAAGAUGAUGACGACGAUGAUGAUGAUGGUGGUGAUGGUGAUAGAAAAAAGAAAAUUUUAAAAUCAACCUGGUGAUACAUUUAUGAUUGUGAAACACUCGCGGAUAUAAUUUCCUGUCGAUAACAUUUUUAACGUUACAAAAAGAAAUAAAAUAUAAAAUGUGUUACUCAGAGUCCAACAUACCCAGAAAAUAUAAUGAAUGAGGUGUAAAGUGUGGUCCGAUAUUGUAUUAUUAAAUAUAUUUUUUAUCUUUUAUAAUAGUUCAGUGAUGUUUCAGACACGAUAGCUCGAUGAUGUUUUAUUGACAUGUCUUGUAAAAUUUUUAAUAAUAAAAUUUUUUUUUAUAUUAUCUUUUAAUAAAACAACAAUAUUAAACACUGGAAAUUUCCAUCAAUAAAUCAAGUGCAAGUUAAAUUAAAUAAAAAUAUAAAAUUAUUAUGGAAAUUUGUAAAUUAAAAAUUUUUAAAAAUUCGAAAUUACAAGGUAUUUCGAAAAAGAAAAAAAUUUAAAUUAUCUAUAAAGAAGUUAUUUUGAAAUUAAAAUAUUAAUUUUUGCAUUUGAAUAAAAGAAGCUUUGGUGAUAGAUUUUAGAAAAUUUAUUUUCACUUGAAUUAUAUAUUUUAAAAAGACAGAAAUGAGUGGAUAUGUUGGUGUUCCGAUUGACCGUAAUUUUUUACUUUUAUCAGCCAUAUAUGCAAUUCAUUGUGUGUUACUUCACGUAUUUCUACAACCAAUUGAUGUUGCAAGUGUAACAAUAGACAAAAAUUAUUUAAUAAAAAUGAAUAUCAUUGAUAAUAAUACAAAUUAUCAUAAUAUUAAAAUCAUUGACAAUACAUAUCGAAUUAAAAUUAAUUCCAGUGACAGUAAAUCUACAAUUAUCGAUGAAAAUAUUGUGUUAGCACACCAACAGACAAAAAAAGCAGCGAUAAAAUUUUUAUCAACAACAAAUAUGCCAGAAUCAUCAUUUAUCAAUUUGCAUAAAUACACUAAAAUAAUGAUGAAUAUCAUGAAAAAUAUUAGUCCAGCAACGUGGGGAAUAAUUUCUGGAUGUGUUGUUUUUCUUUUAACAUUUACUGAUAAUGUGCAUUAACAAAUACAAC